AUGGACGUGGACGUGGACGUGGACGUGGACGUGGAGAACUUGGUCGUGGACAUGGACGUGGACAUGGACAUGGACGUGGACGUGGACGUGGACGUGGACGUGGACGUGGACGUGGACGUGGACAUGGACGUGGACGUGGACCUGGACAUGGACGUCGACGUGGACGUGGACGUGGACAUGGACGUGGACGUGGACGUGGACGUGGACGUGGACAUGGACGUAGACGUGGACGUGGACGUGGACGUGGACGUGGACAUGGACGUGGACGUGGACGUGGAGGACGUGGACGUGGACGUGGAGGACGUGGACGUGGACGUGGACGUGGACGUGGACGUGGACGUGGAGGACUUGGACGUGGACAUGGACGACGUGGACGUGGACAUGGACGUGGACGUGGACGUGGACGUGGACGUGGACAUGGACGUGGACGUGGACAUGGACGUGGACGUGGACGUGGACGUGGACGUGGAUGUGGACCUGGACGUGGACGUGGACGUGGACGUGGACGUGGACGUGGACGUGGACGUGAACAUGGACGUGGACGUGGACGUGGACGUGGACAUGGACGUGGACGUGGAGGUGGACGUGGAGGUGGACGUGGACGUGGACGUGGACGUGGACAUGGACGUGGACAUGGACGUGGACCUGGACGUGGGCGUGGACGUGGACGUGGACGUGGACGUGGAGAUGGACGUGGACGUGGACGUGGAUGACUUGGACGUGGAGAUGGACGUUAAAGUGGACGUGGACGUGGACGUGGACGUGGACGUGGAGGACGUGGACGUGGAGGACGUGAACGUGGACGUGGACGUGGACGUGAACGUGGACGUGGACGUGGACGUGGAGGACUUGGACGUGGACAUGGACGUGGACGUGGAGGUGGACGUGGACGUGGACGUGGAGGACGUGGACGUGGAGGACGUGGAUGUGGACGUGGACGUGGACGUGAACGUGGACGUGGACGUGGACCUGGACGUGGACCUGGUCGUGGACAUGGACGUGGACGUGGACGUGGACCUGGACGUGGACGUGGACGUGGACGUGGACGUGGACAUGGACGUGGAACUGGACGUGGACCUGGUCGUGGACAUGGACGUGGACGUGGACGUGGACGUGGACCUGGACGUGGACGUGGACGUGGACGUGGACGUGGACAUGGACGUGGACAUGGACAUGGACGUGGACAUGGACGUGGACGUGGACGUGGACGUGGACUGGGACGUGGACGUGGACGUGGAGUGGACGUGGACGUGGACGUGGACGUGA